AUGGAACUUCAGUUUUUCUUUUUCAGUUUCUCUUUUAUCGCGACUUCAGUCAACAAUGGGCGAGGCUCAAGUGGAAAAGGUUUGAUAAUGAUGCGAAAGAAAAUAGUCAAACUUUAAAAAAAAAAAAAACUGGUUUUGAAAAAAGCGGUUAUCACUAUUUCCGGAUGUUCAGUUUUUCUGUCGAUAUUGUGUUUUUCUCUUCAAAAUUUUGCUUCUCCACAAAUUUUUGUAAAAUGCUUGUGUGUUUAAAAAAACAGUGAAUAAAUCGAGUAGCGAAGAAAAAUUUUCGAGAUUUUUUCUGGGCUCCAUCGCACCAGAAUUGAAUAGAAAAUAGUAAAUGACAACUUUUUUUGAAUUUUUUUCCUUUACUGAUAGAAUUUUUAAGCAAAAUAUCUCCAAAAUUUUUGAGAAAAAAAUUAUUUCAUUUUUUUCUUUUAUAGAUUCAAAUUACCAAUCCGCAACUUAUUGAAGCCGGAUCGUCGAUUUUUGCGUCGCUUUUUGCUUCAACUGCCGCAUUUUUCUUUCAAAAGCCACGGUAUCUUCAUAAAUUUCGUUUUUAAUCUGAAAUAUUUUUCUGAUAGAUUUCUCCGAAGAUCAGUUUCUCGAUGGUAACCAUUCGAAAGACUUUGGUAAUUCUUGAGUACGAGUUGUCGAAGAAUUGAAUUUUGAAACAGAUGCUCGCGACGAAAAAGCUCAAGGAUGGGAAAUGUUGGUGCAGGAAAAGGAUCUGAAAGUGUUUCGUAGGUUCGUGGCCGUUCGAAAGAUGCAUUUUUCAUAUAACUUUCUUUUAGAAGAACAAAGGCGCAGUAUGAAAUUUACGAAUACAAAUGCGUCGGAUCUUACUACGACAUCAGUCCGCGCACUUUUUUAGGUUUUUUUGUUAUCCAUUAAAGGGAAUUUUUCUGAUUUCUAGAGAAGUAAAUAAUAAUUAACCAUAAAAUUAAGCACACUUUCCAGUAAUCAAAAUUCUACUUGAAAACUAGAGACGAACUCCCAUUUCUCUGCCAGUUUUUGUAGCCUCACCCUAAUUUCGAAACUCCGUUAAUAUUGUGAAACCUUCAGUUUCUGUUUUAGUUUUUCAAAGUAUGAAUCAUCAUGAGAUCGAAAAAUCUUUUUAGUUUCUAACUUUUGAAAAAUACUUUUUGUGCACGUUUCUAUCAAGCCCAGAAUCAUUUUCGACUUUUUGAAGACGCCCAAAACGAUUUGGAGUACCGCAAAGAGUGGGACGACAACAUUAUCACGUUGGAACUUCUUGAAGAAGAGGAGGAUCAAGAGGUUUUCCACAAAUGGACAACAAUUCAACUGGGUUUUGAGCUGGUUCGAUGGGUCGCCAAAUACCCGUAUCCGAUGUAUCCUCGGGAAUACAUCUACGUGCGGCGGACUUGGAUUUCCGAAGACGAAAAGACGGCCGUCGUCAACAGCGACGUCGUUCUUCCUCAGGUGCGGAGUUUGAAGUCGGACUAUUUGCCGCCUUUCAAGAGAUAAUUAUCUUAUUUGAACGUUUUGCAUAACUUUAAAACAAUCGGUGAAAUUGACACGAAAAAUUUCUUCUUUGCAAUUUUUUAUGAAUUAAAAUCUAUCAGGUAGAAAAGAAAUUCAGACCGGAAUUUCCGAAUAUUAUCUUCAAGUAAAAAGUAAAAUAGUUUAAUUUCGAAUGAGUUCUCAGGAGUACCCCUCGACGUCGUCUUCGAAUGUUCGCGUCUGCUCCUACACAUCUCGGAUGGCGAUUCGAGCUCACAAAACGUGGAACGACCACGGUUUAGGUUCAUUUUUCAACAGUUAAUGCUUGGGAGCCAAUGUUUUUGUACAAAAAGUUUGUUGGUUUAUUCUUAUUUCUUUUUUAAUCAGUAUAUUUUCGUGAUCUUCAGAUCUUUGAAUUUUCUUCAUUACGUCUCAAUUUGAUCUCAAAGUUUUCUUAUUCCAAUAUGAGCUUGUUGAGAGUGAGAAGGAAAAAUAACUUUACAGGGAAACUUGAGAAAAUUCGAUAACUUUUUUAAAAAGGGACUAGAGUUACCUGGCAAAGUGUGAUAAUUUCAAAGCUUUCAGACUACGUUCUCACCUACUCGGAUAAUCCAGAAGCCAACAUCCCGCGGUACGUCUACAACUGGAUCGUCAACCACGGCGGCCCGUACUUCUUGGGGCAGGUCUGCCUUAUUUUCGGCUCAAAAUGAGGCUCAUUAUCCGUCGUACGCAUCGUCAUUUUCGCAUUCCACGUGGGCGGCCGUAGAAACAAAUAUAAUUGCCGUGUUUUUGGUUGGAAAAGUUUCAUAUUUGAUCACCAUGCCAAGGAUCUCGAUGCACGUGCAGGCCAACUACAUUUCGCGACUUGCGCGAAACAGACAAAUGUAGCUAUAAUUUUUUUUUCUGUUUCUCUUCUGACGGUUGGAAUCGUCAACAAGUUUUUCCGUUUUGAAAGAAUUUCAAUUCUGAUGUUUAAAAGAGAAUGGUGAAACCGAAAGGAGCUGAUAAUGAGCCGAAAUAUUCUAGCCGCUAAAAGUUUUGUGAAAAAAUGAGAGCCCAUAAAACUCAGUAGUUUUGAACGUUUGGACUCCAGGGCUAUUUUUAAUUUUCAUUUUUUCUAUUUUUUCCAGGACUAUUUCAGAAAAAAACAUUUAUUUUUUUGAUGAAAAAAAUUGGGUUUUAAAGUUAAAUUGGAGAAAAUAGAGUUUGAAUUUGGAUUUUCAUUACAAUUAGGAAAGUGUUCAAGGCUCUGCAGAAUCAUUUUUUUUCGCGUGAUUUUUGAUCCCAAUUUUUCAUCAAGUUCUAUUAUUAGGCUCAAAAAAGGAAAGAAUCAAAAAAAAUUUUGUCGACUUUUAAGAAACGCAAGAAGGCCAUAUUGAAGGCGCACAAAGCUGCGAGGGAAAUCGAAGCCAAAGGAAAAGUUGUUCGAUCAGCCGUCGAGAAGGCGUUGAAACGAAGACGUCGCCAGGAAACGACGGCUGCUGACGAGCAGACGGCGACUGUUAACGAAGCGACUGCGAGCGAAGCCGGCGAGGCCGCCCCUGAAGUGGACACUUCAGACGCGACGCCGACAUCUGAGCCGCAGGAGCCUAGAUCAGAAUCGCAAACGAAGGAGUCGUGUUCUGAAUGCGCUCCGUCUCAGUCGCCUUCCUCCGAACCUCUGUGUGUAAAUUAA